UGGAAGGGAGGAGCUGAGAAAAGACAACAGAAGAGAGAGAUGCUUCGGAAGGAAUAUUGACUCCAGGGUACCAACAAGAAAGCAUGGCCUUCCUCGGAACACUUUGUGUGGUGACCAUAAUGGUGACAUUCCUGUCAAACGGCUCUCAUUCACAGCUGAGUGUGUGCGGAACCCCUCCUCUUAACACAAGGAUCGUGGGGGGUCAGGAUGCCCCUGCAGGGAGUUGGCCAUGGCAGGCCAGUCUUCACAGAUCAGGCAGCCAUUUUUGUGGGGGAUCCCUCAUCAACAAAGAGUGGGUGCUGACUGCUGCUCACUGCUUUUCCAGUAUCAGUACAUCAAAUUUGUUGGUCUACGUGGGUCGUCUGAGCCAGCAGGGCUCCAACCCCAACGAGGUGACCCAGACAGUCACUAAGAUCAUCAUCCACCCCAACUACACCAGAAGUACCAGUGACAACGACAUGUGCCUGCUGAAGCUCUCCUCCGCUGUGACUUUUACAAACUUCAUUCGACCAGUCUGCCUAGCUGCACCAGGCAGCUCCUUCCAUGCUGGGGCUACUAGCUGGGUCACCGGCUGGGGCAGCAACAGCAGUGGAGUGUCCCUGCCCUCACCACAGACCCUACAGGAGGUGGAUGUGCCAGUAGUGGGGAACAGGCAGUGUAACUGUAACUAUGGAGUUGGUUCCAUCACCGACAACAUGAUCUGUGCUGGUCUAUCAGCAGGAGGAAAGGAUUCCUGUCAGGGGGACUCGGGAGGCCCAAUGGUGAGCAAACAGGGUAUUCGCUGGAUCCAGUCUGGGGUUGUGAGUUUCGGCAACGGGUGUGCCCAGGCAAAUUUCCCAGGAGUGUACACAAGAGUGUCUCAGUACCAGACCUGGAUCAACACGCAGAUCACCAGUGACCAGCCAGGAUACGUCACCUUCUCCUCCAGUGGCACUGAUUCUGAUCUCAGUGUCUCCUGUAAUGGUCUUCCAGCCCCAGCCACCCCUACGACCACCGCUACCACCACAACUGCCCCUAUGACCAACGCUACCACCACAACUGCCCCUACGACCACCGCUACCACCACAACUGCCCCUACGACCACAACUUCAACCAAAACUACCCUUGCAGCCACAGCUGCCCCUACAACCACUACCACCAAAGCUGCCCCUGGGGCCACAACUACAGCCGCAGCUGCCCUUGUGACCAAAUCUGCCUCUACGACCACCACAACUGCUCCAUCCAUUACCAACACAGUUUCCCCUACCACCACAACUAUGACCUCAACUGCCCAUACGACCACCACUAGCAGCAUAACCACAACUACCCCUAAAUCCACCACUACAAUUGCCCCUAAAACCACUCCUGAACCCGUGGUGUGCGGCAGUGCCUCUUUGAACUCCCUUACUGGUGGGGGCUUGGCUUCGGGGGGAUCCUGGCCCUGGAUAGCCAGUCUACAGACAAACGGAAGACACGUCUGCGGGGGAACAAUGGUGGCAGAGGACUAUGUCAUGAGCGAUGCUGGGUGCUUCUCCAGUCAGUCCGACGCCUCUCAGUGGACUGUGAUCAUGGGUCGUCUGAAGCAGAACGGCUCCAACCCCAACGAGGUAACCCUUAAAGUCAUCAACAUCACCAUGAGCAACUUGACGGCGAACAACGUGGCAAUCCUCAGACUGGCCAGCCAACCCACGUUGUCUGGCUACAUCCAGCCUAUCUGUGUGGACCAGGGAAGCAGCACCUUCAGCAUAGGGACUCAGUGCUGGGUGGCUGGCUGGGGCAAGGACCAGGGUGGAGCCGAACAGAACUUGCAGCAGUCCCAGACCUCUGUGGUGGAUUGUGAGAGCUCUGGCUCCUCUGACAACAUCUGCACUGCUGCCUUGGACCUUCGACAGGGUGAAGGAGGUGGUCCUCUGAUGUGUAAGCAGGGUGAUGCAUGGUACCAAGCUGCUGUGUUAACUGUCGACAGCAGCAACAAGACCAGCUCCAGCAAAACACGAUGGAGCCGGAGUCCUCGCUCCUCCAGCAUCCAGGUCUUCACCAAAACCGCUCGCUUCCAGAGCUUCCUUCAGACCACUGUGGGCACGUUCCCUUUACCUGUCACAGCCAGAACCCCCGUCAAUGACACCAACACUGCCAACGGCACAACUAUCAGCGCAACUACCGCUGUCGUUACUCCUGCCAGUGGGGCAACUCUGGCCCACUCAUCCCUGGUCCUACUCUUCUUGUCUCUCCUUUCUCUCCUACUGUCUCUCGGUCAAGCCUGGUGACGCUGAGGAGUCACCUUUUUGUAAACCUCUGGCAAUAGGGUCUAAAUGUGCUCUGUUUGAAGUAUGCACCCUUGCACUUAAUAUAUUGCUGUUCUAGAAUUUUUUGGUGUUUAAUCUUGGUUAACCCAGAACUAAAAUCUUGCAUAAUUUGGUCAGCUGUGUGAUUUAGUUCGGGGUCAAUGUGUUUCAAAUUGAGAGUUUGGGUCUGCGAAGUCUCCACCCUUUGCAAAAGGAAACUCUUAGCCAAAGCCCUGAAAUUUAAGCAUCGCCUUCGUCCAAUCCCGAUACGUCCAAAUGAUCAGUGAGAAAAAGCUAAACAUUGUAGCUACUGCUGCUCAUUAUCCUAUGCAUCCCAUUCCAUCUCAACAGACGGUUUGGUUCAUGUGCAGGACUUGUCCACAAACAAUACCUGGUCUAACGCUGUCAGCAACAGUCUACUAAAAACAGACGGUUUAUCUCAUCUAAUUGUUUAUUCAUUCUGACUGGAUUGAAAUAUGAAACUGUCAUUGUAAUCAGUUUGAGCUCACAAGUAUUCUCUCUUUGUAGUCUAUUAUCAAAUCUAUGCAGGUCGGUAUUUCAUGUUAUGAGACAGAUCAGGAAAUAAUUUAUUUAAAUGUAAUGACUUGAUCUACUGUUGCAUCUGGAAAUUAAAAUGAUGAAUGAAUUGUCUGGUUCAUUUUUUC